GAAAGUUUGAAUGAUGUGAUAAUACGGAGAGAGAGAAACGACAGCGUUUCGCUCUUCUCCCCUUCAUUUCGCUAUGAAAGCCCAAAGGCAUAUAUUAGAUUAGAUUCUGGUUUUGGUUUGGGUUCCCUUCCCUACUCUUCUACCAGUCUUCCUUUCUAUUUAUUUCCAUCUCAGUCCUUUCUCUCUUCACACUCCACUCUCUUCUUCUAUUCUAUUCUUUUCUCUCUAACAACAAAUUUAGGAACAAACCGGGGAUCUUAUCAAGGGCGUUUUUGUAAUUUUACCCUCCAUGCUCACUUUUACUCACUCGAACCCCACCAACGACACUCACUUCGUCGCCGGCGCCGCCAGGUUCUUCUCCAUGGCCGCGGCGGCGGUUACUCCGGCGGUGCUCUUCACGGCCCUCGCCGGCCUUGCUGUCGUCGCCCUCGUCUUCUGCGGUGCCAGUAGGUAAAGAAAACCUAAGAACUCUUUCUCGAAUGAACGAAUUAGAGAGAGCAUCGUCGAAAUCUCGCAAUCGCAAAAACCCUAGCUAGAGAGAGAGAGGAUACUGUUUUCGAUUCCGAUUUUGUCACACUAAAAAGGAGAAAACAAAAACAAAACCAAAAAAAAGUGUACAUAGAAGGGAGUUAUAGAUGAAUCCCCUUAGACGAAGUCACAAUUCGCAAUCGUCGUCUUCGAAUUCCUCUCCUUCGUCGUCGUCGUCGUCUUCCUCCUCGUCGUGGAUCCAUUUGCGAUCGGUUCUAUUCGUUGUCACUUCUUCCUCACCAGCUUCUUGUUCGUCCUCUGAUCGGGGUCGUCUUAAAUCACCAUGGUCACGCAGGAAAAGAAAACAUGUCCUAACACCUCAGCAAUGGAAAAGCUUGUUUACCCAAGAUGGGAGAAUACGGGAUGGUGGAAUUAAGUUCUUGAAAAGAGUUCGCAGUGGAGGUGUUGAUCCUAGUAUCAGAGCUGAAGUUUGGCCAUUCCUACUUGGAGUCUAUGACUUGGACAGUGCCAAAGAAGAAAGGGAUGCUAUAAGAACUCAAAAUAGAAAGGAGUAUGAGAAACUCCGCAGACAAUGCCGCCAACUGCUAAAGCACAGCACCGGGAGCUUUAAAUUUAAUGAAAUAGGUGAAAUCAGCUAUGAAGGAGAUAGUGGAAGUUUUAUUCAAGAUUAUGGUUCUCCUAGUUCUGAAGAUGCAACGAGUGCCAGAGAAUCUCUUUCUAGUGAGGAACGAAGCCCAGAUGCUGAAUAUUCAGAUGAUGAUCCAUCUAGUGCCUUGUUGGAAGGAGAUGAUGCUCCAAACAUCAGCAAUGCUGAUGCCUCUGCACUGGAUACCGAUUUCACUGAUUCAGACUCCUCAGAAGGUCCUGAAAUAAUUCAGACAUUUCCUUCUGACGAUGGUCAGGAGGAGAACAGUUCCAAGACAACUCCCAAGGAAAAUUCUUCUCCCUCACCGAUGAAAGUCCCAUCAAAACAAUGGACAAAUGAAGAUUUUGCCACAUGGCAAAGGAUAAUCCGACUUGAUGCAGUACGUGCGAAUGCAGAAUGGAUGCCAUACUCCCCUUCUCAAGCAAUUGUACCAGACAGUAGGGCAUAUCGUUCUGCUGAGGCUGUUGGGUUGAAGGAUUAUAGUCACCUAGAUGCCAGCAGAAUCUUUCAUGCUGCUCGACUAGUUGCUAUUCUCGAAGCAUAUGCUUUAUACGACCCUGAAAUUGGCUACUGCCAGGGUAUGAGUGAUCUGCUAUCUCCUAUAGUUAGUGUUAUACCCGAAGAUCAUGAGGCUUUCUGGUGUUUUGUUGGAUUCAUGAAAAAGGCUCGGCAAAAUUUCAGGCUUGAUGAGGUGGGUAUUAGGAGGCAACUUGAUAUAGUUGCAAAGAUUAUCAAGUUCAAGGAUGGCCAUCUGUUUAGGCAUCUGCAGAAGCUUCAGGCUGAGGAUUGCUUUUUUGUGUAUAGGAUGGUGGUGGUAUUGUUUAGAAGGGAGUUGACAUUUGAACAGACUCUUUGCCUGUGGGAAGUAAUGUGGGCAGAUCAAGCAGCAAUCAGAGCUGGUAUUGGGAAAUCUGCAUGGAGCAGAAUUAGGCAGCGAGCUCCACCUACAGAUGAUCUGUUGCUUUACGCAAUAGCAGCUUCAGUUUUACAGAGGAGGAAACUAAUUAUUGAGAAGUAUAGCAGCAUGGACGAGAUCCUCAAGGAAUGCAAUGGCAUGGCUGGGCACCUUGAUGUUUGGAAGCUGCUGGAUGAUGCACAUAACUUGGUGGUCACCCUUCAUGACAAAAUGAAAAUAGAGACAUCAUUCCGAUGACUGCAGUUGAUACUUAAAACAAACUACUAGAUUAUAAUAUGGUCAAAAGAUCUUUGCUUUCAAGCUGCCCAAUUUCUCCUUCGCAUCCAAAAAUUCUGCAAAUGUCGAGUUUUUAUAUUACAACGAAGCCUGCUGCUGCAUGCUGAAUUUGCCACUUCUUAUUUUCGAGACUCUCUGAUUUCGACAAUGUUGGCGCAUGUGGGGAUUGAAGUUGGGUUAGAUGUAGAUGGCAUGGCUGCUUGCUGAAAUUUGCCACUGCUUAAUGCUUAUUUACAAGGGUCUAGUUUCGACAAUGUUGCCUUAAUUUGGGCAUUGAAAUUGGCUAGAUUUAGAUGGCAUCUUUCUCUUUUCUUUAUUUUCACGCUGGCUCCAUUCCUUUUCUUUUGAUUUCUUUUUCAGCUUUCUGAUUUGGGACACAUCUGGGAGCACCUUUGCGAAAAGCAGGAGUGGUAGGUGCAUGUAACCGUUAGAAGAGGCUGAGAUAUUGUCGACAAUUAUGAAUGUUGUCCUUUUUGACUGAAACCGAACUCACGAGUCCUUUUGACUCUUUUAGAUGCUGCUGACCGAGUUGCAUUGCAUAUCAUGUGAUGUGAGUUUGAGGGUUACUGCUUAAGUUAAGCCUUGUAGUAUAAUUAUUGCCUCAUAAAUUGACCACGUAACUUUACUUA